AUGUCUACUUCUAACUCCACCGGCUUCCCUAUCACCACUCACUUGAUACCCAGCGACACCAACUUGCUAGCCGACAAACGAGUGUCUUUUGCCCGUGGGAAACGACACAACCAAGCCGAUGUCACUGACACCAUAGAAUUAAUGUCAGCAAAAGACGCCUAUACCUAUCUCUUUUACAAGACCAAAAAAUGCUGCCCCCAUGCACUCAAUACAUUUUUUGGAAAGCGAGCAUUUGCAGCUCAACAGUCAGGACUCGAGUAUCUGUCGGGCACUCCGGAUGAAAAAGUUAGUUUUGGAAUCUUUGGAACAACGCUUGAGGAUGAGCUCCUUGAAUGGGCAGACAGACUCAGCAAGGGAAUAUUUGGAAUCAGGCGGGAGGACAUUGCUAAAUGA